AUGUCAGAAAAGAAAGAGCACGAGACGUUAGGUCCCAUGGACCCCAAGUACGGCGAGAUGGCGGACGCGCCGGGUUAUUCCCACGAUGCCGUCUUUGGAGAAAUGGGCGAGGACGGUCCUGACUAUCGGAGUGUUGGAUGGUUGGGCUCGGCCGUGCUCAUGAUGAAAUCCCAGAUCGGUAUUGGGGUCCUCUCGAUACCGGUCGCCUUCGAUGCCCUGGGAAUUGUGCCAGGAGUGAUCUGCUUGUUGGCCAUCGGCGGCAUCACCACAUGGUCGGACUACAUUAUCGGCGUCUUCAAGCUCCGACAUCCCGAGGUCUACGGUAUUGAUGAUGUGGGACACUUGCUAUUUGGGAAAACGGGACGGAUCGUGUUGGGCGCCGCAUUCUGCCUCUGGUGGACGUUUGUUGCUGGCUCCGGCAUGCUGGGUCUCUCCAUCGGUUUAAACACAGUCUCGAGCCACGCGACCUGUACGGCAGUGUGGGUGGCGAUUGCCGCGAUCUUCGGAUUCAUGUUCGGCAGUAUCCAGACCCUCGGGCGCAUUUCCUGGCUGGCGUGGCUGGGUCUGUUCUCCAUUCUGGCCUCCAAGUUAGUCCUCAUCGUCACCAUCGCGGUCGGCGUCCAAGACCGCCCGGCGUCGGCACCUCACGACGGCGUCUGGGUUUCCGAUUACAAGAUCAUCAACAGCGAAGCGACCUUCACGCAAGCCAUCACGGCUCUCACCACCAUCGUCUUUGCCUACGCUGGUACCCCGGCCUUCUUCUCUAUCGCGUCCGAGAUGCGGGACCCGACCCACUACAACCGCGCCCUGAUUAUGUGCCAAGUCGUCGUGACGGCCUUCUACCUGAUCAUCGGCAUCGUCAUGUAUUAUUUCUGCGGCUCGUACGUUGCCUCGCCCGCGCUGGGUUCGGGCGGUGCCACGAUCAAGAUCGUCAGUUACGGAUUCGCCCUGCCGGGGCUGUUGGCGAGCACCCUUCUCUUCGUCCACAUCACGGCCAAGUACGUCUUCGUGCGCAUCCUCAGCGGCACGCGCCACCUGGCUGCCAACACGCUCACCCAUUGGGUGGUGUGGAUCAGCUGCACGGCUGGCGUGGCCCUGAUCGCCUACAUCAUCGCCAGCGCGAUCCCCGUGUUCAGCGACCUGGUGUCCUUGGUGGGUGCGCUGCUUGGCACGCCGAUGUGUUUCCAACCCAUGGCGGGUAUGUGGCUCUACGAUAACUGGCAUACACCGGGGCCCAAGUCGAUGCAAUGGAAGCUGAUGGUCGCCUGGUGUGUCUUUGUCAUCGUGUCGGGGACGUUCCUGAUGAUUGGAGGAACCUACGGGUCGAUCAUCACGAUCAUGGAGAGUUAUGCCAAGUCCGGCGGAUCGGCCGCGUGGUCGUGCGCGGACAACUCGUAG